CAAAUUUCUUCAAUGGCUUCGUCAGGGAAAUCGAUGAUCCAAACCCUAAAACGGUUCACGAAGAAGCCAUGGGAGUUCACCGGACCUCAAACAAGCCCCGAGUAUUUAGACUCUGUACCCAAGGCAACGGAGUACAGAAUCUUCUGUCCCGCCACUACCCAAUCUCAAGCCAUCAUCCCCACAUCCGAUUCUGAAACCGUCUUCGAUAUCAAUUAUUAUUCUCGUGACCAGAGGCGUAACCGUCCUCCAAUCAAGCGCACCUUCCUCACCAAAGCUGAUGUUGAGAAGAUGAGGAUGGAGUACAAGUUUGAUGUCAACGAUUUUCCUAAGCCUUAUUUGACUGCUAAGGUUGAAGAGGAUGAGAAUGCUAUUGGUGGUGGCUACCAGAAAUGAAUGCUUUG